UGCAUUUUUCACUCGAAUCUUUGAUAAUGGCUUUCUUAACAUCAACUUCUCUCACACUUAUGAUACAAGGUGAAGAUCAAAUCCAUGAUACGGAGAAGAUUACUUGUUUGGAGUCCUUGAACACGAAAAGAGAAACAUCUGCAUGUCCAAGGAAUAAUGUUGAGUAUAAUGUAAGGGCUAAAGCAAUGGCGUGUGAUAAAGUACAACAAGAUUGCACAUCACCACAAAAGUUCAAGUACCAUUGUGUUCUUAAUGUAUGGGGAAAUGCCACGGUUGAAGUAUGUGCUGAAGAAAAAAUAAUAGUGGGAAGGAAAUGUACUGAAUAUUCUCACGGAGGAGCUUUUCUACAGGAACAUUAUGAAAACAGUUGUACAUCAUGUCCAUAUCUGUACAAUUCAAGUGAUGUUUAUUUAUACCAGGAAUGUUUUCAAUUCCAAUCAUUAUCAGUUGCCAGUAGAGGUCUAAAGAAUGACACUGAUAUAAAGAAUACAGAUGGAAACAGUCAGACUUUUAGGAAAGAUAUCUGUAAAAUUUGUUUAUUUUAUCAAGUUAUAUAA